ACCUGUGGUACCGGCCCGACAUGGACGGGCGCCUGGCCGAGCAGGGCCGCCGCGACAUGGAGCACCUAGCUCGGCGCCUGGCCGCCCGCUUCCCCGCCCUCAUUUCGCCGCGCCGCCGCGCCGCAUUCCUCAGCAGCUCCAAGCACCGCUGCGUGGAGAGCAGCGCCGCCUUCCGCCAGGGGCUGCCCCCUGUCCCAGAUAUGGAGAACCAAGUUAUUGAAAUUAAUGAUAAAUUAAUGAGGUUCUUUGAUCACUGUGAGAAGUUCAUAACCUGUAUAGAAGAAAACAGAACAGCUUUGCAUCAAGUGGAUGCCUUCAAAAAUGGUUCCAAGAUGCAAAACGUUUUGGAAAAAAUUGCCAAUACCUUAUGUCUACCAGUGAAUGAGUUGAAUGCAGAUCUGAUUCAAGUGGCUUUUUUCACCUGUUCAUUUGAGUUGGCUCUUAAGAAUGUAACCUCUCCUUGGUGUUCAAUCUUUGAUGAAGAAGAUGCUAAAGUACUGGAAUACCUGAAUGAUCUAAAGCAAUAUUGGAAAAGAGGAUAUGGCUACGAUAUCAACAGUCGUUCUAGCUGCAUUUUAUUUCAAGACAUCUUCCAAAAAUUGGACAAAGCAGUGUCGGAGAGUAAAAGUGGAAUGACCAUAUUUCAAAUGGUUUAAAUUGUUUACUUUUUGGCUCAGGCGAAAGCAAGUCAUGGUCUAUAUACCACAGUAAAUUUUAAGAGAUUACACACAACAUUUAUUAAAGCAUUUGGUAUGUUGUUUUAUUUUAAUUUAUUUGGAAAACCUCUUAUACACAAAACAAUAUUUUUAAAACUCAUUAAAGCAUGGAUUCUGAGGCCAGAAAGUAUUGUGCAAUUAUCUAGUCUGAUGUCUUAUGUACACAGGUCAUAAUUAUUUUUUCCAGUACCCAGGUUAAAGUGUUUUAUCUAUAAAGGCAUCUGAUCUCAUCUUAACAACUCCAAGUAAUGGUGAAUUCAUAGUC